AUGGCGAUUCUCAAGUUAUCCGCUUCUACCAUUCUCAAAACUACAAUUUGCAUCUUCUUGCUAGCCAUUUCUCUAGAAUGUUCCAGUGGGGCCCGAAUUCUCAUAGAUACAACAGACGAUGACACAACAUCUAUCGCACCUGCGAUCCCACUCCCUACUAAUCAGCCCGAAACGACUAGUGGUCCAAUAGACGAGGAUGACACCCCUGACGAAGACCCAACACCUACAUUACCAAGUGGUCAGAUUCCUGCCACUGUGGCACCUGCGCCAGCAGUGGGUCCCACUGUCCCACUACCAACUAAAGUAGUACCUAUUGUGGCGGCGCCAGUGGCCACUCCUGUUGGCGUAGGCGCUACGACAACAGGAGGUUCAGGUGCCGCUGGUGGUGCCACCGUAGGUGCAGAACACCCGACUUUGAGUUUCUUUAUGCACGAUGUCAUGGGAGGGUCUCAUGCUACAAGCAGGGUGGUCACCGGAAUCAUAGCCAGUUCAAACGCUAACGCUGUUCCAUUCUCAACACCAAACAGCCAAGUGUUCCCGAUCACCGGUGGAGUCCCGUUGAACAACAUCAACGGUAUAGUCAACAACAAUAACCUCCCUUUCUUAGCCGGUUUCAAUGGCAACAACCCCAACAAUCCAAAUUCCAACACCGUUCUCCAAAACACCGGGAACAACAACGUUGUCAAUGGAGGAAACAACCAACCAUUUGUUACAGCCGGUCAACUGCCAGCUGGCAUAACACUUGAACAACUCAUGUUCGGGUCGAUCACUGUUAUUGACAAUGAGUUAACCGAAGGCCAUGAGCUCGGGACAGGUGUCAUCGGUCAGGGUCAAGGUUUUUAUCUUGCAAGCUCAUUGGAUGGAAGUAGUCAUACAUUUGCACUCACGACAUUGUUUCAUGGUAGUGAUCAUGAGGUUGAUGAUACGAUUAGCUUUUUUGGGGUUCAUCGGACAGCUUCUGAGAUAUCACAUAUUGCGGUGAUUGGUGGGACCGGGAAGUAUGAGGAGGCUAAAGGGUAUGCGACCAUUGAGAGUUUGCCACAGGUGGAUGAACACACUACCGAUGGUGUCGAAACCGUUGUCCAUGUUAAUGUCUACCUUACUACAGUAUAG